AUGGAGCUAAAUACUUUGCUGAGUGGAGCUCAGAUCGAUGUCCUCUCUACGGUGUACAUAGUUUUACUCACUCCCAGUGUGAUUGGGAGUUUCUCUGUCCUGGUGGUUUCCAUAGCAAGAUGGCAGCAUCUAAAAGAGCAGGUACACCUCCUGGUGCAGCUUGCUCUCGCCGACCUCCUAGCUGCUCUGAUCUUGAUGUCCACGAGUGUCAUGAACAAAAUACCGUUUGACAACAGUAUAGUCAUCUGCCAAUAUGGCCUGCCGCUGUCACUGACGUUUUAUUUCAUUUCAUUCCUGCUGGUGGUCGUUUACGCCUGGAAGUCAAAGAAUGCAAUCCAAGGAUGGAGAGAAAGACCAGCGGAUGAUGAUCUGGUUGAUCCCACUUGCACUUUACUUAGCAUAUGUGCUCACUCCUUUCAUGAAAGCUACUUUGCUGAUUCCAGCUACCAGCAGCUUGCCAAAUCGGGUCUUCGUUGUAUUUUGUUCUUGCACGUCUGGAGGGAGUCCUGCUCAGAUGUUGAGAUAAUCCAUGACGUUUUCAUCAGAGCUUUUCUUUUCAUUGUGGUGAUACCGGUGCUGGUGUCUUGCUCUAUUAUUUACUAUAAGGUUGGUAAGUGGUAUGAAAGACGAGAUCCGGAGGGGCUUUUUCCAGUGGAGGGAGAUGGGCGUUCAAGAAGAAGAAUGAAAAGAGCAAUUUCUACCUCAAGGAAUAUGGUGACAGUCAUCCUAAUCUGCUGGGCACCAGCGCUUUUCCUCAUCCUGCUAUCUACCGUGUUGAUGAGAACAAACGUUGAACAAUACAGUUUAUUUGGUGUUUAUAUGCUACAGGCUGCCAGCGUGUCUCUACAAGGUUUCCUGAACAGCAUGGUGUACGCCUGGAGAAGGCCCAACUUCACAGAGGCUGUUCUUGGAGAGAGCACACCCUUGGUGGCCUAUAAUCACAUGCCCUUUUUUGAUGAGUCAUUGAGGACCUCGUUUUAAUGCUUUGGACAAUAAACACAUGGAUGGACCAUGUCGUGCUGCAAUACAUCAUUCUGGCCUUAGGAGCCCGGUCUGUCUGCACACUUUGGACUGAAAGGAGUUUUUUUGUGGACUGAAGAUG